AUGUUGACUAAUGAAUAUUUAAACAAAGUUACUUAACUCUUAAAAAUGACCAGUCAUUUUGAAACUAAAGUAUGAGAUCAUAAUAAUUAUCAGCUUGAAGAAUAAAGAAUUCUAUUGAGCAUCACUCCUCAUUUUUAAGCUAGAACAAUCUAUAAUUUAUUAAUUACAGAUUCAAAAGGAAUCACAAGAGAUGAUCUAAUCAAUUUAUUUAGGUAUCAAUAAUAUCUAUAUUAUAAAGAAACUUUAUAUAAAACAUAACCUAAAGAGAAUUAGAUUAUAUAUUCUAAUUGUAUUCAUCUGAUAAUUUCUACAUUAAUUGGGAUGACUUUUAUUAGCUAAUCUGUCCUUUUGAUAUGUUUUUAGAUACAAAAAUUUAUGACAAUGUUAAUGAAUAAAUUGUUUCUGAUAUUUUACAAAAAUUUUAACGACUCUUAAUGAUUGAAAUAACUUACUUUAGAUAGGCAGAACCUAUUAGAAUGAUCUUAUUUGAAAAAUACAAAGAAAACGGAAAACAAUCCUGUGCAUUAUUAGAGGAUAAUCAAAAAUUCAUAACAUCAUAGAAGUAUUUUAAGAUUAUAUAUAUUAGUUUAAUCAAUUUUAUGUAAAAAUAAUAAUUUAAUUACAAUUCUUAAGAUAUUUUUUGUUUAAAAAAAAGAAUUCAAUGUUCAGAAGAGAAUAUUCCUUCUGAAAUAUUCAUCAAAAAUUGUCCUCUCUUACCAUUCUAAGUAAUGAUUAGUAAAUCUCCAGAUUAUCGACUUAUAACAAUCAGAUAACCUACUCCAGAAAUUAUUUAAUCUCCAGAAUUAUUGUAAUCUAAAUCUGUAGGAAUUAUUAUACAAGAAAUUCCUUCAUCUCCUCCUUAAGAAUAAGAAGAAGACAAAAAAAUGCUUUAAUAAGUUGCUUCUGUACCAUUUUUAAAAAAGUCAGAAAUGUCGAACUAUGAAUUUUACACAGGAAAAAAGCCAGAUAAUACGCAAACUCUAUAACAUUUUAAACCACACUCAACUUAAUAAAAUUUCAAAUCUCCAUUACCAUAAUCUUAAAAUUACCAUAAUAUAAAUUAUUAGGAUUUUUAAAUCACAAAAUAAGAUAAUAAAUUCGAUUACAAUAAAACAAUUACAACUGUUAAGUUUUGGGAAACAAAUCCUCCUACAGAUAUUCCAAAAUAUUAAGAUUAGAUUUUAGACAAAUAUCUAAGGCCAUCAGCAUCUAUAAAAAAUGAACCAUCUAAAAAAAAAAACAUUAAAAAAAAUUAUAACAAUUAUUAUAAUAACAACAAAUUAGAACAUUAUUUAUAAUUUUAACCAAAUGAUUAGAUUGUUAAAAUAAUGGACACUCAAAAUGACCCAUCUGAAGAUAUCUUAAAUUAAUAUUUGUAUCCUAUAAAAAAAUAACAAGAAUAAGUUUAAGAUUCUAAUAAUUUGACAAAUACCAGAAAAUAUAAAAUAUUUGAUGAUAUAAAUAGUAAUUAAAAGCAGGUUCUAUUCAAUACCUUAUAUGAUUCUAAAUAUAAAUUAUUCGAUUCUGCUUUUGAUUCAAGAAAUUUAAAUUCUCAAAAUUAGUAGUAGAUUUAAAAGAAGACUAAAAAAUAUGUAACUGCUUCAAAGCCAUAAGAAUAAAUAUUGCUUUAGUAUUGAAACAAUAUUGAAUAUUAAAUAUUUUUGAAUAUAUAUUAAUCACCUUUUAAUUUUAUAUUUUAAACAUAUUUACUUAUUUUAAUUAAUUAAAGUAUUUAUUUUUUUAUUAAUUUUUUUUCUUGGAGUUAAAGGUCAAAAUAGAUUUAAAGAAAAAUUGAUGAAAUAGAGAACCUUUUUUUAUUAUUACAAAAUAGCAAUAAAAAAUAUUCAAAAUUAAUUGUACUUUUUAAAAAUAUAUAGUUUGUAAUUUAUGGUAUUAAAUGA